AUGCCCAAGAACAAGCUUGGCGGAAACAAGGCCAAGCGCGCCAAGGCGAGCACUGAGAACAACAAGAAGGAGCUGGAGUUCAAGGAGGAUGGACAGGAGUACGGCCAGAUCACCCGCAUGCUUGGCAACGGCCGCUGCGACGUUCUCUGCGUGGACGGAGUGAAGCGGUUGUGCCACAUUCGCGGCAAGAUGCGAAAGAAGGUUUGGUGCAACCAGGGUGACAUCGUCCUCGUCUCUUUGCGAGACUUCCAGGACGAGAAGGGCGACAUCAUCACCAAGUACACAGCCGAGGAUGCCCAUAGCACUACGUGUGUGUAA